UCUGACUUGACGUUUGUACCUGUCAGACUGUCUCCGCUUCUCUCUGGUGUUUCGCUGAAAUGCCGGCUACCGUCAGCCUCCCGGGGCUCCGUCGGUCCGCUGGUCUUCACCCGUGAAACAUCCACACCGGCUACCGGUUAGAAUUCGUCAUUUUUUCGUCGUGACGUCGCUUUGGAGGACUGAACACCGGCACUUUGGGUUUUUUCUGCCUCCGUUCCGGUGGGAUUUUAUUCUCUGCAGCGUCGGAAUGAACUGAGUUGAAGGAGCAGAAACAACGGCAGGACUGGAAGCCUGCGGCGGGCUGAUAUAACGGCCAGAGUGACCUACAUACCGGGCAGCUUAACGGACGCAUCUCUGCUGUAUGGAGACUCCGGAGAGACGCUGUAACCUUGUGACUGUCAGAAGUGACCUUCAGUUCUGAUCUGCUGCUGCACAACUGUGUCCAGCAAGACACGUGAAUGAGGCUGAGGAGCAAAGCGUGACAUCCGUAUGCAGAAUAACCGAACAACCGGGAGAUAAGCUUUCCGUUUGGCUGACCUUUGGAUGGGACUCUGGGUUCAAAGAGGAAACCAAAAGGGAAAAAUUAACCCGAUGAGGCCUGCAGUCAAAGUCGGGAUCAGAAGUCUAAAAGGAUGAACUUGUAGUUGCCUUACUCACUCAGCAGACUGUCUGGUAAUGAUCAUUAAUUAUGCAAUAAAAUCAAGCAAUACAAACUGCUUUGCAAAGAACGAAUCUCACACCAAAUAGACAUUUUUGGCCAUUAAUCCAGCAGCAUUAUGAUUCUGAACUGUGCUCAGCCGUUACCUCUCCUGAGGCACACCGAUGUGCCGCCUCGGGUCACAGAGAACUUCAUCCUGACAGGCUACCGCUUCCCAAACUACAGCCUGAGGGACUGCUUGAUGUCCGCCUUCAGGCCGACCAAUGAAACAGGGAACUUCUGGACUCACUUCCUGCCGGUUUUCGUCUUUUUCUACUACUUUGUGGAGGUGUUCGGUUGGGAAGGUGCGCCCGGUGGCGACGCCCCGUUCUUCUAUCCGUUGUGGAACUACUUCAUCGGGGUGUUCUGUCUGCUGAUGGCCAGCAGCAUGGCCCACCUGCUCAACUCCAUGUCCCUGGUGGUCAGAGAAGUUUGCUUCUUUGUGGAUUACGGCACCAUCAGCGCCUACACGGUGGGCUCAUCGUUGGCCUACUACUACUACAUCCAUCCUCGGGCGGGGAUAUUGGAGACCGGAGGCCACAACGGCUCCCAUACGGACCUGAAACAGGAACCUGCAGGGUCUCCUACGUCAUCCUAUGCAAUCCCAGAGUUCAGUGCGUUCUUUGAGAUCUUCUACAUCCCGUCUGCUUGUAUCGUAGCAAUAAUUUGCGUCCUAUCCUGCUGCAACACUCGCCAGAGGUGGAGGCGGCAUCGGUACAUCAUCCGGACGCUGGUUUUUCUCCUCCCGUUCCUCGUCUCUUCCACCCCGGUCUUCUACCGCCUCCUCACCAGAUCACCUUAUUCCACCGCCACCUCCUCCUUUGAUGCUUCCACCUCCAUGCCCAGCUUCUUCUACCGCCACUGUCUCUGGCUGCUGGUGUCGGCCGCCUUCAACAUCAGCAAGUUCCCCGAGCGUCUGGCCCCGGGUCGCUUCGACAUCUGGGGCCACAGCCACCAGUGGUUCCACUGCUGCACCUUCCUGUCCAUCCUCGACGAGCUCCACAUGAUCAAGGCGGAGGUGAGGGCCAUCCUGCUGAGCCCGACUCUGCUGCUGCCGCCCAACGCCCUGGCCCGCCUCCCCGGACCUACCGCCGCAUCCACCUACGGAGUGAUGCUCCUCCUCCAGACCACCAUCGUCUCCAUCAUCAUGUGGUUCUCCUGGCAUGCCAACUGCAUCUACGGACCCCAGAGAGACCAGCUGGAGAAGCAACACCCCAAGAAACAGCUGAAAUGUCACUGAUCACGGAGGCGUCUUUUUCUAAUCAUCUCGACUGUGAAGGAAGAUUUGCACAUGAGCCAUGCCACAAAGCGAAGCGCACAAAAUAAAAAAUAUUCCUCCUCCCAUUCCAAGUCCCUCAUAUGUUCCGGCCCUCGUUGGGAGCGUUUUCAAGCUUUCAUGAGGGGAAAUUGGGGACAACGGGAGAUGAAAGGAUUAUAUUCUGAGCUCACCACAGGGUGGCUGUCUGGUUGAGUGGAUACUGAAGGUCCUUGCCAGUUUUUUUCCCAGCAUGUUCCGACAGGAUGUCUGAACAGUGGGGAUAAUAACUACCUCUCGGGGCUGUGCGCUUGAGGACAGAGGAAAGGUGUUUGAGAACUCCAUAGAACAUGAGUGGGACCAUAUACAGAAGCUUCAGAUGAAUUAUCAGCUGUCAGGUCCUUUUAUCUCGUGCACCUCCCUUCCUCUGGCCCUCAGCAGUAUCGUUUGAAUUCCCUCAGCUGUGGCUUCUAUUGAUCCCAUUGUUUAGUGCUUCUCUCUGAGCUUUGUUCACCGUACCUACACUUCCUUUAUCUCCAACCAGUCACAUGCAGUCUCGUUUCCUCUUUCUUUCCAAGUGAUCCUUGCAGCAGGAAGUGGUGCAACAACAGAAAUAGCCGAGAGCUCGUAUCGGUCUGACAGUAAAGCACUUUCAGAGGGGUCGGUUGAAGCAGCCCCGUCGUUAAAAGCCAUGCUCGCUUCCAACACUUAAGGGAUGCAUCACGUUUUAAAGCGUAUGACGUCCUGCUGGGUUAUUUAGUGAAUGCUUCUGCUGUUUGUGUGGUUUCCUGACGACUAGUUCUGCCUAGCUUAUGUUCACACCACUUAAAGGGAUCUCACUCAGAUUAAAUGUGAUGAUCUUAUGUUUAUGUCUUAUCAGCAUAAAUAAUGUACUGUAUAUUUCUGCCGCACAUAGGAGUGGCAUUUUCACGUUUUUGCUGUUUGAAGGCCCGUAUUGUGGGCGCAGAGGAAACGAGGGCCUGCUGUAUCCUGAGGCUUUUCAAGUGAUGUGCAACAAAAAGCCAUCAGUUUGGAGAAGUGGUAGUUGAACUAAUGGCACAACUGUAGUUCUUCACCAUCAGGAACUUGCCAGAAAUAUUUGCACUUUGACAGAUCAGGUUAAUAGUUCAUCUGGCAGUUUGUACCUCUCAAGUACUACUAUUACAUUCGAGUAACAGAGCUUUUUUCCUUACAAAAAUGCCUGACUAUCUUCAGAGGCUCGUUUAACCACUAUUCUGUAGCUUUUUCCAGACUCUAGUACAGCUUUUACAAAAUAUGUUUCUUUUAUUUUGUGCUCAUACGAUAAAAAAAAACAAUCUUUUGAGACUUGGACAAAAUAGUUGACUAAACUUUGAGAAAAAGUAUUGGUUUUCUGCAGCACUGUCAUAGAUUGUAUAUUAAAGAUGUCGGAAAAAUUCUUUAUAAUGGCCAGCAGGGGGUGACUAUUAAAUAAGUCAGAUUGUAUAGAAGUCAAUGAGAAAACAACCUGACUUGUCACUUAAUUUGCUGUCUCAGUGAACAUUUUCCUGUUGUCUUCAUUUACAAGCACCAAAAAAAUAUUGUUUCCCUGUCUGAAAAAAAUCCAAAAAUUCGGCAAAAAAAUUCCCCAAAUUUCUGAAAAUUUGCAAAACCUUCAGGAAGAAAAUUCCAAUAAUUCCUCAAAAGUUUCCCUUAAAAGUUGUAUUGAAAAAAAAUCCCCCAAAUUUGGCAAGAAAUUUCUUGUACAUAUUUUCAAAAAAUUAGUAAAAAUCUUCCAAAAAUUUUUAAAAAAUAUUUAAAGUGAUUCCAUAUAUGUCAGCAAAACUUCUAAUAUUUUCUUUAAGAACAUUCCCAAAAAAAAUCAACCAAAAUCCAGCAAAAUUAGCUGGAUUUUGGUUGAUUUUUAUGUGAAUGUUCUUAAGAAACAUUUUUAACAUUUCUUUUUUUCCACCAAAAAAUAUUCAAAGAUUUCCCCAAAAAUGUUGAAAAUGUGAACAUCAGGAGUUUCACUGUGAAAAUAUUUUGUUUUUUCCCGCAUUUUCAAACUUUAAAACGGGUCAACUUUGACCCACAGGACGACGCGAGGGUUAAAGUCUCAAUCAAUAGUUUCACAUGUCCUUUAAUGCAGUAUGAUGUUCGGUGUGUAAAUUAUUUUGUCUUUUAGAGAAACAUGCUGAGAGCCCUUAAACUAUUUGGUGACGUCACGGCAGCUACAUCCAUCCAUUAUAUGCAGAUAUAGAGUGGAGAAGUACAAUAAAACAAAGCGUAUAUCCUGAAUUGUAAAAUCUUAGACAAUACGUGACUUUUGGUAUGCAUAACAACAAAAGGCAUAACUUGGUAAAUGGAUCAAAUACGCUUUUGAUGGCGCAAUAUCUUCUCAGCCACAUGGACAGAAAAGUGUUUACUGGCCUGUUGUGUCUGAUGAUCAGGUAUUUAUUAUUUCAGAGGAAUCAAUGCUCGGCUCUAGCACUCGAAUAUAAUAGCGGUAAAAACUGAAUUUACAAGACUGUGUAGAUUAAACGCUAACCUCACUGAAAAAAGCUGCUUAUUCGGCUUUGGAUUGCAUGAGCUGAAGUUUAGCGUUACUGCUAGCAACUAUUUCUGUGCUGUGUGAUCAUAUCCUAUGUCCUGUAGGAGUCUUUUGGUGUUAGCAUUCUGGUACCAAACCCAAACCUGAGCGUUGUUGCUUCAAACUCAGGCCAGGUUUGGUUGUUUUAAGGAUUGUUAGAGAUGGAAUAAAGAGAGCCAGAGUGUCAUGUUAGCCUGCUAAUGUAGGAAGUAAGUAAUACACAAAAUAAGGUCAAAAUAAAGCCUUUCUGGCAUGUGUGGGAUGUCCCAAAUGAAAAGAAAAAUAUGUAAGUUGUUGGACACAUCCUUAUGUGAAUACAGGGGGUCCUGGGUUCACGACGUUAGGUUGAAACUGUUACAUGGAACUAGCUGACGAGCAGAGCGGACAAAUACGUCGUCACACGGCGCUUUAAGACGGCUUUAUUUACAUUCGCUGGUUGUACGCCAUCUUGGAUUGUUCGCUAACUUUUUGCCCUUCAUUAUGGCUCCCAAGUAUAAAUCUGACUCUUCUGAUGGCAGUGCUUUGAAGAAAAGGAAAGCGGUCUCCAUGAAAGCGAAAUUAGACAGAAUGAAACACUCAAAAACAGGGCAAAACACCGAACUGAUUGACGUCAUGAUACAGUUAACAACGUUGCUUACAUUUUCGCUGGAGUUCCAACUUAGGAAUGGAACUCCCACGUGAGUCGAGGACCCCCUGUAUUGGCCAUUAUGUGGUCCACGGAGUUCAUAGAAAUGUUAGUCUGACUAAACAGUUCUGUGAUGUUACAUUUCUCUGGAUAGCACAUUUAGCUGAGGUGUCCAGGGAGACUUUGUGCUGCUUUGUACCAAUGAAGGAGCAGAAAACGGGAUUUUCUCCUGACUUUCUUUUGCACACUGAAAAUGGACGAUGACUGUCAGCGUUUGGAUGGAGAUGUGUUGGGAGGAUGUGUGUUUUCUCUGUCAUGUCCCUGAUAAUGUCGUCCAAUUAUUAGAGCUGGUUAAUGUGUUGAUGAUUUCCAGAUUAAUCGAUUAGUUGUUUGUUCUGUAAAAAUGUCUAAAAAUUGUUAAAAAUAUCCAUCAGUGUUUUCCAAAGUCCUCAAAUGUCCAGUUUAGUGUCACAAAUCUGACUCAUUCAAGCUGGAAUCAGAAUUUUGACUUUUUUCUUUACUCAAACUGAUUAAUCAAAUGUUGACGGCUAAUCGAUUAAUCACUGCAGCUCUCUGUCAUGCAGUCUUUCCCUUUAAAUUUCAAGCUCUUACUUGUGUCAUGUGCAUUUUGAUAACAUGAUGUUGGUCACUGUCUAAUCUUAGAAACGAUGUACUAAAAUCUGCACAUUUAGCUGCGUUCACUUGCACACAAGAAAGAAAAGACGAGAGAGCUGUUGGUUUUGUGCGACGCUGGAAUGAGUACAGAGGGACCAUGCUGAGUGAUUGUGAUGAUCAUACUGUUUGUGGUGCACUUUAGAGCUUAUUUAAAGCUGUUCCUUUAAAGGGUCAAUCCUGCGGUACUGUAUUAUUCCAACACAUUUCAGGUCUAGGUAGUGCAUUCUAAUGAUGAGAGAUUCAUCACAUGAUGAUGUUUCUACCUCAAUACAGCGUUUGUAUAACUGCCGCUGAGAAGAACCAUCGCUGAAACAUAUGUUGUUCCCUCUCUAGACUGUCAGACUUGAAUCUAUUAAUGUUUAAGCAGUGUUCAGUAUGUGAAUGUUUGACCCGUAGACUACUGUAUCUGACCUAGAGAAGUACUCAGGGGUGACUGAAAGAACGACUAAUACAUUAUUUACACGUGCAUUUCAUUAUGAAUUAGUAGAGGGGGUGAUUAGAGCACUCUGUCAAUGCUGAAAAGUGAAAACCUUCCACUAUGUUUAACUGAUUUAUCAAAUAGCACUGAUCACAUGUAUCAUUUGAGUUGUACUGAAUAAAUUGCACAGAGAUCUGUUA